UCUCUUUAAGUCUUUUAAAAUACUUUCUUGUGGAUAUUUCUAGCCGUACCUUCCUUACCGCCUCCCGGUCCAUAUAAAAUACCUACUCGACAAUGCGUUUCUCCGCCUUCACCCUCCUCGUCGUCGCAGCAUUGAGUGCCAUAGACGUAGAAGCUGCCCCCUUCGGCAGUGGUCUAAACCUAGGUUCAUUCGCGCGUCUGCGCGGCAACCGUGGAAACCGCGGAAAACAUGGAGGUGGCCGGGGGAAGACUACGACUGCGGCCGCGGAGGUGUCAACUACAGCAGCCGCGACGGUCUCUGAGUUCUCAUCACUUGUGCCGACAGGUCUCGAGGGUAUGAUUCCCACGGCGGGAACCGGGACCGACGUUGUCUUGUCGGCUACGGGCACGGGGACGGGACUGCCGGCUCUUGCUACCGGCGCCGUCACUUUGACCGAGACUGUGGUGGGGACUGAGGUGCCGGUCGCUACGGGAGCGGAAACUGUCACCGAGACAUCCGCUGCUACGGUGACGGAAGUCGCAGAUUCUACUACUGUGGUCGACCAGACGGCUACGGAAGCCCCAGCUGCUACUGCCACUGCCACCGAGGGCGUGGAGGGUACCACGACCUUGGCCGAAACACCUGUUGCUACCACUGCUCUCGAGCAGACUGUGACCGAGACCGCCGCCGCGGAAACAACAGUAGCCGAGAGCCCCGCAGCCGACCAGCAAGAUACCACCCUCGCUCCUCCUUCUGCCGUUACCGUCACGGCGACGGCGGAGUAUACCGCUACCGUACCUGCUGCUGCGGCCGCCGCCGAGACACUUGUCAGCACUUCUAUCGUUACCGUGACAGCGGAGGCUACUGCUGCAGCUCCCGCCGCUGAAACGGUUACCGUCACUGCCGAAAACACGGCUGCUGCUCCCGCUGCCGAAAUCGUCACCGUGACCGCGGAACCAACCGCUGCGGCCGAAAAAACGGCUGCUGCUCCGGCAGAAAACGGUUACCAUCACUGCCGCGCACACGGUGACGGAGGCAGCUGGCGCCGCCGCUCCUGCUGUAACAGAGACAGUCACCGUCACCACAUCGCAGCCUGCCGCUGCCGCCCUCGAGACAUCGACAGUUACUGUCACCGUCACCGAGGCUGCAGGUGCGGAAGGAGGUGCCGCCGCCACUACGGUGACGGUCUCUGCCUGCCCCACCGCCACCGUUUAGUCACUUCACAUCUUCGUUGAUCGUGGAAACUGCCGGCACAGUUAUUUGCUUUUCUUUUCUUGAUGUCCGCUGCGCGGAGUGGCUUCCAUUUUACUGGUUUUAAACGGAAGGGAUGGAAUGGGAGGGGGUGCGCAUCGCGGGUGUUGACUGUACUGUGAGGGUUUAUGCAAUGGGAGGCGUUGGUGCUGGGAGGUAACUUGGGCCUAUUUUUAUUACAUUUCUGGGAUAGCGAGUAUGGGGAAUGAAUUGAACACAUACUGUAUAGUAUACACUAUGAUGGGCAGAAAGUUGCGGAGUGAAUGUGAUCGUGAGAAGGCGCACGUGUGGCUGGCUGGCUAGUUCCUGCGGGAGAUCGACACCGACUGUAGGGCUAAAUAUUUGGCAGUUCUGCUUAGUUAAGUAGCCGUGUCGGAGGGGUUAAACUUCUGCAGUCACCAGUGGUCCAUUACUCUAUUGGGGGCGGUGCCG